AUGCUCUCUGGAAGAUCCUCGAAACAGCUGUGGAAUCUGCAUCACAAUAUUCGCAGCGCCCGACAUCGCAUUACCGCCCUGCCAACGAGCCGCGGUCGACAGUUUGCCUCAGUCGCCUCCGGCCUUAGACCUUUCGAUGUGGUAGUUGUCGGAGGUGGCCAUGCUGGCGCUGAGGCUUGCGCCGCAGCGGCGCGCGCCGGCGCAAAGACCGCCCUCGUCACACCGAAGAUUGACAACCUGGGCACGUGUUCUUGCAACCCCAGUUUUGGCGGAAUAGGGAAAGGGGUGAUCAUCCGCGAGCUCGAUGCCCUCGAUGGGUUGGCAGGCCGUGUUAUCGACAAGGCCGGUAUACACUUUCAGACGUUGAAUCGAAGAAAGGGCCCUGCUGUAUGGGGACCCCGCGCGCAGAUCGACCGAGACCUUUACAAGAAGCACAUGAGGGAGGAGCUCGAAGGGUAUCCCAACCUGUCGAUCAUUGUAGGCAGUGUCUCCGAUGUAGUACUUUGCCCCCAGGAAGACCCGACAAUAGGGGCGCACAGUCGCAUCACCGGUGUCAAGCUCGACUCGGGCGAAAUCCUACCUACGACCCAGGUGAUCAUUACGACCGGCACCUUCCUGAGCGGUGAAAUCCAUAUUGGAAUGGAAAGCUACCCAGCCGGGAGGAUAGGGGAGGCGGCAACAACUGGGCUAAGCAAGUCCCUCAGAGAUGCAGGCUUCAGCAUGGGCCGACUAAAGACGGGCACCCCCCCUCGGAUUUCAGGGAAGAGCAUCGAUUUCUCUGAACUUCAGCUUCAGCCGGGCGAACAAUCGCCCACGCCUUUCAGCUACAUGAACGAUACCGUGGCGACCGACAAGCAAAUUGAUUGCUAUGUGACUUACACAAACGCAACUACACACGACAUCGUUCGCGCAAACCUUGGCAACACAAUUCACAUCCGGGAGACCGUUCUUGGACCGAGAUACUGUCCGUCGCUCGAGUCCAAGAUAACGCGCUUUUCCGAUAAAGAGCGACACAUCGUCUGGCUUGAACCUGAAGGGUUUGACAACGAUGUCGUGUACCCCAACGGCCUGUCCAUGACUGUACCUCCGGAGGCCCAAGAACAAAUCAUCCGGUCCAUCAAGGGUAUGGAAAAUGCAGAGUUGUUGCAGGUCGGAUACGGCGUUGAGUAUGACUACAUCGAUCCACGCAGUCUCAAAUCCUCCUUGGAAACCAAGCCAGUCAGUGGCCUGUACCUUGCCGGACAGAUCAACGGCACGACUGGAUAUGAAGAAGCUGCGGGUCAAGGCGUUGUUGCUGGGAUCAACGCGGGCCGAGCAGCAAAGGGUCUGGCGGCCGUUUCGUUAUCCCGAGGCGACGGAUACAUUGGCGUUAUGAUUGAUGAUCUUGUUACGAAAGGCGUGUCGGAGCCUUACCGCAUGUUCACCACCCGGAGUGAAUAUAGACUUACCUCGCGGGCUGACAAUGCAGACUACCGAUUGACAGCGAAGGGCCGAGACUGGGGCGUCGUAUCGGACGCUAGGUGGAGGGCAUUCUCAGACGAAAAGAUGCAGGUGGAUGAACUCUACUCUCUUCUGGAGUCUGCGGUCAAGUCACCACAGGAGUGGAUGAGACACGGCUUCCAGGUGAAGGAAAAUAGCCAGCGUCGUGACGCCUGCGAGAUGCUACGGCUACCCAACGUCACCAUGGAUGAGAUAGCGACUGUGCUGCCAGUUGUGCAGCGUUUCCCUGAGCGAAUCAAAUCCCGGGUUGCAAUCGAGGCUUUAUACGCCCCGAUGAUUGCAAGGCAGACGUCAGAGCGACGGAACUUUACCAGGGACGAAUCACUGCGCCUACCAGCAAAUCUUGAUUACGACAAGGUCGCCGGGCUUGCCAUGCACGAAAAGCAGAUUCUCAAGACGACAAAACCAGAAACCCUCGCCCAAGCUCGACGGCUCGAGGGCAUCACGCCCUCAGGCUGUAUUCGCCUUCUAAGCUUCAUCCAGCGUCAAAGUAAAGCCAGGUCGACCUCGACAUCGGACCAAGGAUUUAUGUUGGCACAAAGCCAGGGCGGAGCUGCAGGAGAAGACUCAUGUCUGCCUUGA